AUGCAGCUCACCAUCGCCACCCUUGCUGCUCUCGCCAGCUGCGCCGCCGCCCAGUUCUGCGGCGUCGUCACAUCCCCCGUCCAAGGCUGGGUAGCUUGCUCGGUAGAGCAGUACCCCGUCAUGGACGCCGAAUGCAAGGCCAUCGGCGGCACGGUGUCCGGCCACAACCAAGAGGUCGGAAACCCCAGCUCCAACUGCAUCACGUACUGCAACAACGUUCCCACGGGUGGGCAUGACAAGACCGGCAGCAUCGCCGGCCGCCUCAGCUACCACGUCUACGUCGUCGACUCUUGCAACAGUUGCGGCUACUGCGGUGCUAUCUAA